AUGGCCCCAUCAGGGGUUAAACCUGGUGUUAUCAAAGAUCCAGCUGUUGCUGCCCUGUUCAGUCACAAGGAUCCAGAAUCGCGGUAUGAUGAUUUGCGAGAAAUUGGACAUGGCUCAUUUGGAGCUGUUUACUUUGCUUUCGAUAAAGAAACGAGCACUACAGUUGCCAUCAAAAAGAUGGCUUACUCGGGUAAACAGGCUGGGGAGAAAUGGGCGGAUAUUUUGAAAGAGGUAGCGUUUCUCAAUAAAAUAAAACACCCUCAUAUUGUUGAGUACAAAGCAUGUUUUUUGAAGGACCAGACUUGCUGGCUCGUGAUGGAGUAUUGUAUUGGCUCGGCUGCGGAUAUUGUGGACGUUUUGCGUCAAGGGCUACGUGAAAUAGAAAUUUCGGCGAUAUGCAGCGAGACUUUGUCGGCUUUGCACUACCUUCAUCAGUUGCACAGAAUUCAUCGUGACAUUAAAGCUGGCAAUAUCCUUUUAUCGGACACAGCUCACGUGAAGCUUGCCGAUUUUGGUUCUGCAUCAAUGUCAGACCCAGCUCAAACAUUCAUUGGUACUCCUUUUUUCAUGGCUCCUGAGGUUAUUCUCGCGAUGGAUGAAGGUCAUUAUACGGAAAAAGCUGACAUAUGGUCCCUCGGCAUUACAUGCAUUGAAUUAGCUGAGAGACGACCACCUCUAUUUAACAUGAACGCUAUGUCUGCCCUUUAUCAUAUUGCCCAGAAUGAUCCUCCAAAAUUAGCCCCUAUAACGAAUGAGAAUCAGCCUGACUGGUCUGACUGGUUCAAAGAUUUUGUGAAUAUUUGCUUGCAAAAAGAUGCUGAACAGCGGCCGGCUACUGGAGAACUGUUAAAUCAUCCGUUCAUUACGCGCUACGACCACAAAGGAGUGAUUCAAGAGCUCAUAUCUAGGACUAAAGCCAUCGUUAUGGAGUUGGAUAAUUUCCAGUACAAGAAAAUGCGGAAAUUAAUGUAUCUGGACGAAGUGGAGAACAAAGAUGGUGAACAGAAUCGAGGUGGAGGAUGUGAAGAAGUGGACGAUAUAGCAACCGAUUCAGGAAUGUUAUCAGUGGAAAAAGGAGAUUCAACGAGUUCGAAAAGCGGUUCAAUGAAAAGUCUCACCUCGUUCCGUUCUCUGCAAAGCAGCAGUGGUGGUAACGGAACAAGCACCCGUCUUCCAAUUCCUGCGAGCAUGAAAACUGAAAACGUGGAAGGAGAGAAUCGGACUCUUAUACCGGUUGGCAACGUUUCUGAUGGAUCGGACGCCUAUAACACACGGCCUCCAAGCCCAAUAUCUUUAGUUAAACUCGACAGAAACUUCAAGGAUGACAUGGCAACGCUGAAGAAAUCUAAAUUUUCCACAUUACGCUCUGCAAAACUGAUCUCACGGGAACAGGAAGAGUAUAACAAGGAAAAUAACAUGUACGAGCAAAUGAAUGGAUACAAACGUCUCCGGCAAAUGCAUCAUAAGGAGAUGCAACAGAGUUUGAAAGAACGUGGAUUAUCGCGAUCUGCCUACGAGACAGCUGUAAAAGACGUGAAAGCACAGCUGACGCGACAGAGGACAAACGCCGAAACCGCUUUUGAGGCAAAGCUUCGUGCAGAACUGGAGACGGAGCUCGUUAAAUAUCGGCGAUCCCAACUUUUGAUGAUGCACAGUAACGAAAAACGGCUUGAUGAAGAAGAUCUUAACGUCUUGGAACGUCAAAUGGAUAAUCGUCACGCUAUGUUGCUACGCCAUCAUGAAGCAACGAGGGACGUCGAAAUCGCUCAUCUGAAGGAGACACAAACAAUGAGAAAACGUCAUCAGAUCAUACAACAUGAAGCAGAGUCAACGAAUCAGACAGAGUACACAAGGAGGAAAACUGAAGACUUGAGGAAGCGGCACGCUAACCAGAGCAGGCAGCAGCCUAGAGAGCUGAAGCUGAAAGAAGCGCAAAUCCGCAAGCAGUUUCGACAAGCUGUAAAAACGCAGGCCAGACAGUUUAAACUGUAUCAAACGCAAUUGAUGCAAGCUGCUCCAAAGGAAGAACAUAAGGAGAUAGCAAUGCAGUUGAAGGAGAAGCAAAAACACCGCAUCGCUUUGCUGACUUCCCAGUAUGAGUACCAAAUCGAAAGCAUGGUGCAAGAAAAGACCGGCAAACUAGAGUCAUGGCAAGAAGAAGAAGCUCGCAUAUUACAUGAGCGGCUGGCAAAGGAAUUGGACGAGUUGAAGGAAUAUCAAGGGAAGCAAAGGGCUCAACUAGAGAAUACGAUUGAUAAGGAAAGGACGGCACUGGACGAACGUAUAGCCCUGCGGCGAGCUAUGCUGGAACAGCGUUUCAAGGAAGAACGUGAGGACAUGCAGAAGCAAAGGGAAACACGAAGUCGAGCCACGGCCGAAAGGCAUGCUGCCGAGGAACGCCAACUUGCUGGCGACGGUGGUGGAAACUCGUCACAUACGACCGCCCUCUGA